CGACCCACUCACCACACCACACUUAUCUGCAGAGAGUGGGCCGCUGCAGCAGCGCCCGCUCACAGACACAUAUCCACCUCCAACCACGUACGCCGGUGGCCACACACACACACACACACACACACACACACACACAUUUGCGCCGGAGCUCAGGUGAGGUGUUCCAAUGGCGGCCGCGCCGACGGGGGUCGCAUGCCCCGUCUACCCGUGGCCGAGCGACGCGGCGCAGCGCGGGGCCAAGGUGUUCAUGCAGAGCGACUGCGCGGCGUGCCACUCCGCGCUCCCCUACGCCGGCCUCCGGGGCGCCGCGGUGCCGGGCCAGGACGCGGGAGCCAUGACGGCCGAGAUCCUCGUCGCCGCCGCGGCCACGGAGGAGGCGCGGCCGGCGACGGGGAUGGCGCCGCCCCAGUACACGCCGGACCUCGCAACCGUCGCCACAAGAAUCCAGGGCGGGCUGCGCUGCAACCUGUACUCCGCCGGGACGGCGACGACGCCCGUUAGGGCGAUGCUCGCGGGCGGCGCCGCCGCGUGCCAGCAGCUGAAGAAGAGCCCCGUCUGGCUGCAGUUUGCGCAGGCCUUACAGGCAGUUUGAUGGGAUGGACCCAUCUUCAGUGACACGACCUGCUAUGCCCAAGCUUUGCCUUAUCUCCGUGUCCAAUAUGUGUGUCUGUAACAUGUGUAAAUCACAUCACAUUGCACCUUGUGCUGGAUCAAGCAGUAUCAAAUAAAGCACUCCUGUGCAGCCGUUCCAUGUCAAA